AAGGGGGUGAGCAUGUCCAUAUGAUGGAGGGGAUCGAGAUCUCUAAAUGACCUGUCCUUUGUCCAUGGGAAUGCGUACAGAGCUGACAGAGCGGGAACAGGGAUAGUACCCUAGAAUAUGGACGGGCAUUCUCAUCUCACACGCAGUACACACAUGACGUCAUGUUCAACAGAAUAGCGGGAACACGAAUCUUCUGUUACUGCGUUUCGAUUCGUCUGCUCUACAAAUAAAGCUUGCGCUAAUCCUGUGGUCUGGUCCGCGGGAUAGGCACUGUGGAUAACGCAAAUGGCAAGCACAGCUGUUACUACAGCUGUGCGCACCAAGGCGACGCUGAGGUCACUAACGCAUGGGAGGCAUCACUAUCCUUCCUCGUUUAGCUACUUGCGGUGUGUUAACCAACAGCUCGACAGGGGCAUCUCCUACCACGGCGAGUUACCAACGCAUGCCAAAGUAGUGAUCUGCGGUGGAGGUGUCGUUGGAUGUUCUGUGGCAUACCACUUGGCUAGAGAUCAGGGAAUUACAGAUGUUGUUCUUCUGGAAAAGGGGGCGAUUGGAGGCGGCUCAACAAAGCAUGGAGCGGGUUUGUUGGGCCAGAUCAAGGCAACGCCCAUUGAGAGCAGAGUUUGUCGAUACAGCAUCAACCUAUACAAGGAACUUCAAGAUAAAGGCUUGGAAACUGGAUGGAACCAAUGUGGCAGCCUUUACCUUGCGAGGACUAAAGAAAGGGUGUUCUAUUUCAAAAGACUUGCGGCAAUGGCAUCCCUACUAAAUUUAGAGUGCCACAUCAUUUCUCCAAAAGAAGCACAAGAGAAAGCCCCAAACAUAACUACAGAUGCACUUGAGGCGGCGUUGUGGGUGCCUGGGGACGGUGUUGCAGAUUCAUCGGCUGUAUGUCAAGUACUUGCGGAUCAGGCUAGCCAUUUAGGUGUCAAAGUGAUUGAAGGCUGCUCAGUUGAAAAAGUUAUUACACAAAAGCAUGAUAUUGUGCAGGGAGUUGAAACCAAUUUGGGUGCCAUCAACUGUGAAUACUUUGUGAAUUCUGCUGGCUAUCUUGGUCGUCAUGUAGGGAAAAUGAGCAGCCCAGAUGUCAAGGUACCAUUAUACCCAUGUGAGCACCAAUUUUUGCACACAUUGCCAGUGGAAGGAAUUGACCAAAACAUGCCAGUGAUUCAUGACUGUGACGGAUACUUUUACAUAAAAGUUCACAAAGGUGGCUACCUGGCUGGUGGCUUUGAGCCCAAAUCAAAACCAGUUGAUCUGAGAGAGUUACCUGCGGCUGGUCAAGGCACACUUCCUGAAGACUGGGACCAGUUCUGUGUCCUGCUGAAAGAGAUGCUGUUUAGGAUUCCUAGCCUGGCUGACGUUCAGGUGGAUAAGUUGUACAACUGUCCAGAGAGCUUCACUCCAGACUCGCGCUGGGUUAUUGGUGAAGCACCUGAGGUAAAAAACUACUUUGUUGCAUCAGGGAUGAGGUCUGUUGGCAUCGAAGCAGCUGGAGGCUUGGGGCAGGUCACAGCUGAGUGGAUUGCUAAAGGCGAGCCCAAGCUCGACCUGUGGGACAUUGACAUCAGGCGCUUUAUAGGCCUGCACAGCAAUGCUCAAUUUCUGAGAGACCGUAUGACUGAAGUGCCUGGUAUGCACUACAAGCUCUGGUACCCAUUCAUUGAGUUUGAAACAGGGCGCGAGGUUCGAAUGUCUCCCAUCUAUCCUCGAUUAAAGCUAGCUGGUGCAGUAUUUGGGCAGACAAUGGGAUAUGAACGUCCUCAUUAUUAUGACAUUGGAAACAAAGAUGGAAGGUCUCCCAAGGUAGCCGCUUAUGAAAAGCCGCCUUGGAUUGAUGCUGUAAAAUUGGAGUAUGAGGCAUGCCGUGAUCGCGUUGCUAUGCUGGACUAUUCUUCAUUUACAAAGUUAGAAAUAUGGUCACCUGGAAAUGAAGCUGUGGAUCUCCUUCAGUAUCUGUGUUCCAAUGAUAUCGACAUCCCUGUUGGUUCAAUCGUAAAUAGUGGUAUGCAGAACGAGUGGGGUGGAUAUGAAAAUGACUGCAGCUUAAUCAGACUUGAGAAAAAUAGAUACAUGAUCAUAGCACCAACUAAGCAACAGAUGCGGUGCCAGACGUGGAUUAGACGUCAUGUGCCUCGAGACAGCCCCAUUGUAGUGUCGGAUGUGACUUCCAUGUACACUGCCAUUUGCCUCAUGGGCCCUCGAUCACCAGAUCUCAUGUCAGAGCUUACCGAUUCUUCACUGACUUCAAAGGAAUUUCCAUUCUUCACAUGGAAGCAACUAAAUAUUGGCUGUGCAAGUGGCAUAAGGGUCCUUCACAUGACACAUACUGGUGAUAGAGGCUGGGUUCUCUACAUUCCGAACGAGUUUGCUUUGCACGUAUAUGACCGUAUCAUGGAGAUAGGCAAAAAAUUUGGGAUCCUGCCAGCGGGAUACUUCGCCAUGAAGACACUUCGCAUCGAGAAGUUCUUUGCUUUUUGGGGAAAGGACCUAGAUUGCACAACUACCCCUUUCGAGUGUGGACGUGCCUUCAGAGUGAAAUUCCAUAAGAAAUUCCUGGGGAAGGAGGCUCUGUUGAAACAGAAGGAAGAAGGGAUUAAGCGGCGAUAUGUGCAGCUACUUCUCAAAGGGCAUGAUCCUGAACGUGACCCUUGGCCUUGGGGCAGAGAGCCAAUCCUUCUUGGAGACCGUUACAUUGGAAUGACUUCUACUACUUGCUACGGAUUUACACUGGGAUCACAGGUCUGCCUUGGAUUUGUGGAGAACAGGGACAAACACGGUGUGCCUCAGCCUCUCACAAAUGACUUUAUACUGAAGAAUGAGUUCCAUGUUGACAUUGGUGGCCAAAAGUUUGCAGCUAGAGCCAAUAUUCAUUCACCCUCAUUAGCUUACCAGGUUUCACCUGAUAGGCUUUACCUGGCUACCAGAUGAUCUGUUGCAUCGGUCCAUGAUAUUCUUCGCUGCUGGCAGAGAUCUUACUUGAAUUUCAUUAGGCGGCAUAGUGGUGAAUCUGUCACAAUAUGGGGAUGUUCUUCAUUGAACUAUAGUUUGAAGAACGUAUACCAAACAUCUUGAAGUGUUCAGUUAGAUAUUCUAGGGUUGAGUGUGGUUUUCUACUUGUUAUUUAUUUUGUUCAAGCGAUCAGGAAUAAAAAUUUCAGAAGCGCUUUAA